AUGGAUGAAAUUACAGAUAUGUUAAGAAAAAUGCAAGAUGAAAUGAGCCAGCAAAAAGUAGACAUGGUAGCCAUGAAAGAAGACAUUAAAAACACAAUCAACAAUAAUAUAAAUGAGAAAUUUAAGAGUUUGGAAAACAAAAACUUACAACUUGAGCAAAAAUUGGAAACACAAAAAUUGUCAUUCGAUAACUUGGAUAGGUUCAAUACAAGAAAAAACCUGCUGUUUUUUGGAGUUGAAGAGCGAGAAAUUAGCUAUCAAGAUUUGGAGAAAAAAGUUUUAGAUAUCAUAAACAACAUUUUGAACAUCAAAUGUGAAAAGCAUUAUGUAGAAUCUGUAAGAAGACUUGGAAAAAAAGCGAUAAAAUCAGACCUAUUGUAA